AUGGCGAAGAACCACCGCUUCGUCUUCUCCGAGCAGCACUCAAUCCCCGCUUCCGCCGAUUACUCCGGCAACCGCAAGGCGCCAUCCCCUCUCCUCCGCUUUUUCUUUUUAUCCUUCUUUGCAGUAACCUUCAUUAUCCUCUGCUCUUCCACCAUCCUCCACCCUUUUUUCUAUUUUCCCGUGACAGAGGCGGAAUCGCAGAUACUGAACAGAGCGUCCUCGUCUCUGUGCUCCUUCGUCAUCAACAAUUCCAUUUGCUGCGACCGCUCCGCCUUUCGCACCGACAUCUGCUUCCUGCACGGCGACGUCCGCACCCACUCGCUCUCCAACACCAUCUUCCUCCAGUCCGUCGUCCUCCGCCAGGAAACGAUUCGGCCGUACACUCGCAAAUGGGAAAAAACCAUAAUGGCCAUCGUAUCGGAGCUCCGCCUCCUUGCCAUCGCCGGCCCCACCGUCUCCUGCGACAUCGUCCAUCCCUUCCCCGCCGUAGUCUUCUCCACCGGUGGCUACACCGGCAACGUAUUCCACGAAUUCAAUGACGGUAUUAUCCCUCUGUACCUCACCGCCCAUCACCACAACCGGGACGUUGUCCUCCUCAUCCUCGAUCACCACAACUGGUGGGUCUCCAGAUACGCCGAAAUCCUCUCUCGUAUUUCCCGAUUCCCUCCAAUCAACUUCUCCAACGACUCCCGCACUCACUGCUUCCCCUCCGCCACCGUCGGCCUCCACAUCCACGAUGAUCUCACCAUCGAUCCAACCCAAACCCCUCUCAACAACUCUAUCAUCGGAUUCCGACAGUUCCUCGACGACGCCUACGCCCCUCGACUCCGUUGGCUUGAAGUCGCGGAGAAAACAAACCUGGUUCUUGUUCUUAGAAAUGGGUCUCGAACUGUGGAAAACGAGGGGGAUUUGGUGGCGAUGGCGACGGAAAUGGGGUUUCGAGUGGGUAUUCUAAGGCCGGAGAAGACGACGGAGCUGGCAAGCAUUUACAGGGUUAUGAACGGGAGCGAUGUGAUGAUCGGAGUGCACGGAGCAGCGAUGACGCAUUUCCUGUUUAUGAGGCCUGGAGCGGUGUUCGUACAGAUAAUUCCAUUAGGGACAGAGUGGGCGGCGGAGACCUAUUACGGGGCUCCGGCGAGGAGGAUGGGGUUGAGGUAUGUGGCGUAUAAGGUGAGGGUGGAGGAAAGCUCGCUGUGGAGGGAGUAUGGGAGAGAACAUCCGGUGGUUAGGGAGCCGGGGAAGAUUAAUGCGAGGGGGUGGGAGGAGACCAAGAGGGUUUAUUUGGAUAGGCAGAAUGUGAGCUUGGAUUUGGGGCGGUUCAGGAGAACGCUGGAGGGGGUUCGCCGGUAUUUGGACGGAGGAAGGCUUCGGCGACCGGAGGAGGCGGAGGAAGAGACGGAGAGGAGGCAGAAGUGAAAAUCUUUGUAUA